UCACCAGCAGCUACCCAGGUAGCAGCUCAUGUCGCCAUGACAUCGGCUGGCUCCUUAUGAGAAUGGCGCGGCUGAUCCGCCGGCCUAUCCAAAGGGCUCGGGCUCGUGCCACCAUCGGCCAGCUGCAUUGCGCUGAGCUUCGGGAUGAGCGCAAUGUGGCACCCCUGCUUCUAAAGUCACUCCCGCGUUUCAUUUCCACAGAAGCUAGGGUGGCAUUCCCAAUCGUCCCUCCAACCAAGUCCAGUUUGCCACCAAUGCAGCUAUCAGCCCUGUGAUCCAACAACGCGCCCUAGUUUACUGUUCUGCGCCGCUCGCUGUACAGACCCUGGCGACCUUGUCCGCAAGGCGCUGAUGCACAAAUCUAAGCACGCGUCCCCCUCGGCAGUGUGGCCAGCUUUCAGCUCCAUUUGCCGAUAACCUCGCGUUUGGCAGAAGAGAAGGACUUACUAAAGUCACUGCCUUGCACUUUUUUCAAUGGCGCCCUCUUUCGGACACCUCCGUACGCUUUUGCUCCUUGCGCUGCUGUCCACGACCGUGUCCAGCUCCAGCGCCGCGUGGUGGGGGGACAUUCUGGCCCGCGUGGGGCCCCCCCGGAAACUGCUGCAGCAGGCGAAUGUCCCAGUGACUGUGCAGUGUGUUAACAUUCUGGACAACAACCAGAUUGGGAACAUCCCCAACUUGGACGUGGGGGCGAUCCAGGCGAUCGUAUCGGCGCUGGGGGUCGGAGGGGCGCAGACGCCAACUGCCGUCCUGUUCAACGAUGGUGUGUCCACCAACGACUGCGUGAACGACUUCGAGGCGAACAACAACGCGGUGUGUUCCUCCUUGCUCGGCGCUGUCAACAUCGGGGGUCUGGGCCAGGGCACCCUCAUCCAGUGCUUCCCGGCUUCCGGUGGAACACCUGCCCCGACGAAUACCGGCUCCACAACCCCAGCCCCGACUAGCACGGAUUCCACAACCCCUGCGCCGACUACCGCUGCUCCUAUGACCCCGGCCCCAACAACUGCAAGCCCCGUAACCUUUCCUCCUGUAACCCUUCCCCCCGGUGUCACCCUUCCUCCGGGCGUAACCCUUCCCCCGACCAACCCCAUACCUGCCCCCACGACCCCUGAACCGACCACUCAGGCCCCGGUAACUCCUGCUCCGACCACCGCUGCCCCAACCACUCCUGCCCCCACAACAGCUGCCCCAAACACCCCUGCCCCGACUUCUCAGGCCCCGGUCACCCCUGCCCCGACCACUCCCGAAA